GUAGUGCGUGUGUGCGGUGGCACACUGAUAUAUACACACAAUUCCCAGUAGAACAGAAUAAGUGCUUAGAGUGAAGACAGAAAAAUGUCAAAGUCAAGCACUACGGGUUUAGUUGAUGUAUUGUCGUUAAUGUGAGCGGUUGCGCAGCGCACAGUUAUCUGCAUCGUAGUACAACACUUCUUACACAUUGGAUAAAUCAUACGUAUUUUCAAUUCCAAAACAAACAGUGUUCAAAAUAUUCGAUAGCAGUUUUCUGGAGGUUUUUCAUUUUAUGUUGCUGUAUUGCAUGCAAAUAAUUUCUUCAAGGAAAAAGGUUGUUCAUCGACGAAACUAAAAUACCAGUCUGAAAAAGCGAAGACGUGGAACAAUCAAAACACUAAAGACGAUAUUUUAUCAAAUCACACAGCGAGGAUCACCAAUAUUCAUGCAAGAAAAUAGCUUCAAGCGAUUUGGCCGCCAUCAAAAAUUGUAUAGUUCCAAUCGAACAAUGAAAGUUCGGGUGUUCACCUUUCAAUAAAUUGUUCAAUAAUUCAACGAUUUCCCAAAGCUUGAUGUAUAAUCAAGUCCAGUGAUAAACGAUACAAAAAAAGUAAUCGACAUAAAUUGCAGCUAAUCUUUGUUGUAAUAUCUUCAAUCAAGAGAUUCGAAAGAUUGUGACGCGUGCAUCAUUUUGAUUUGAGUUUUCUGAUAGAAUCGUCCAUGUGAAGGAGAAAUGAGAACAACUUGCUUUCGAAAUAAAUAACGAAGACAACAAUAGCAACAAUUUGGACUAAAAAAACUGACAAGACAUUUUGCUAAAUCAUAUUCUACAUAUCACCACACAGAAGUAGAGAGAAUAUUUCGUGUGUUCGUAGAAGAAAAAUAAAUAAAUAAAGGUACCCAGGUGGUAUUGUUGAACGUGUUUGUAUGACUCAGCGAGCGAGCGCGCACAAACGAAACUUGUGAGAAUCGUUGUAUUUGUUUCGAUUUCUUUCUCAUUUCCGCCAACACACAAUUUUAUUAUUUGAAUAUUGGACACCUCAUUUCGUGGCUACUCUUUUCUGUUCAUUUUUCAUUUUCUUCGUUUGUUUGUUUCGUUUGAUCAACAACCGUUUGGAUAAUAUUCCGUGAUAUUUGUAGUCGUGUCGUGUUGUAUAUUUUUUUUGCGUUUGAAUAUAAGUUGACGGACACCAGUAUCUCACACACAACAAUUGUGCUUGAUCUCGCGUUUACAUCGUAUAUCAAUUCGUGUAUUUUAUCUCUAUCUCAUAGAACGUAACACAAAUUAGAUGCUUAUUGUUUUGCGGAGAAGAAGUUAGUCUACAAGUGAACUGUGUGUGUGUGAAAGUGUGGAUGAGAGAAACAGACACAACAAAAACUGCCGGAAUACAUAACGCUUAUAUCGACGAAAGAUGAGCAUUUUAAAUGAGUCAGAAUUACGAACCGAGUGAAUUAACACCGUUACGACGAAGCAAUUAUUCUCGAACACAGCCACAAAUAGCAGCAGCAGCUACAGCUACAUCUGCAUCAAAUCGUUUGCAAUCGACCGAUUUCAGCGAAUACAUGUCAAUCAACAAUAAUAAUCAUCCAGUCGGCAGUGACAGCAGUCGAGGAGAUACCAGCGAGCCCAACUCUCAGCAAGCAUUCAAUCCAAAAUCAUUCAUAAUGAGUGACACGAGACGCGUUAUGACUCGCGUUUCCAUCGAUUUUGUCAUUCUGCUUAGUGUUGGCCUGCCAAUUUUAGCGCUCUUCUUAUGGGGUGAUCCAUACAAAAGAGGAUUUUUCUGCGAUGACGAAUCACUUAAGCAUCCAUUCCAUGAUUCAACCGUUCGAAGCUGGAUGCUCUAUAUUACUGGACUCAUUCUACCCCUCGGACUGAUUUGUGCCACCGAAAUCAUCCAAGCCAAAUUGAAUAAGAUUCCAGAUAAAACAAAGUUGCAAUUGUUUGGAUGGAGCAUACCAACCUGGAUAACAAAUGCUUACCGUCAAAUCGGUGUCUUUGCCUUUGGCGCAGCCCUCAACACACUGACGACCGACAUUGCCAAAUAUUCCAUUGGACGCUUGCGACCGCAUUUCUUCGAUGUAUGUAAACCGAUACUGUUGGACGGAACGAAUUGCUCUGAUGAUAUUAACCGUGGCCGAUACAUCGAGAAUUUCAAGUGCUUAGGUGAUUCAGGAGAACGAUUACUCAAAGAAGUGCACCUCUCAUUUCCAAGUGGUCACUCAAGCUUCUCAUGCUACACAAUGCUUUAUUGUGCCAUCUACCUUCAGGCGAGGAUGACAUGGCGAGGAUCAAGACUAUUGAAACACUUUUUGCAAUACGUUUUAAUAAUGAUGGCGUGGUUUACCUGUAUGAGCCGAAUAUCGGACUACAAACAUCACUGGUCUGAUGUACUUGCUGGUGGCUUAAUUGGUGUUACUGUCGCCUCAUUAAUAGCAAAUUUUGUAGCUGAUUUGGGUUUUCGAAAAGCGCAAAAUAAUAAUUGCACCAACACGGUGCGAUAUGAGCUUGGCACACACACGGCAACAAAUAAUGGAACAAUUAAUGUUUAGAAUUCAAUUCAAAUACGUUCAAUUAUCCAAUAAACUAUUUUCAGUUCAGAUUUGCCCUUACUUUAUUGCUGGAUAUAGCUGAAUCGGCUUGUAUUGCGAAUCAAUUAAGCUAGGAGAGUAACGCUUUUUUAGUGCUAAAUGAAAAAUGAUAUCUGAAAAAUCCAAAUUUUAUGUUUAAUAAGAGACACAAAUGGAUUGAAUUUCAAAAAUUAAUUGAUAUUCAAAAGAAAGAAACGAUGCAAUCAAUAUCAUUCAAUUAUUUUUUUUAAAUAGAAGCAAGGCUUUUAGCCUCAUUUUUUUAAUUUUGGUUGAAUAUUGCAAAAUUCUUGAAAGGAAGCAUCUGAGCAACCGCUUCGACAUUGACUUCAGUAAGUUGAAUGAAACCAGCUCGAUCAUUCUGGCCUAAAUUUGUAUUGAUGUAUUUUAUAAGCAAAACAAAAAGAAAAUUAAAGAAAAACAUCAUUAAAAUUGGACUUUUUGGUGGUUUAACAAAUUGAAAAUGCAAAUUUUGAAGACAAAUUGAAUACAUCACAAUUAUUUCUUUCCGUUCAAGUUGAAAUGAGGCAUUUAAACAUCUGAACAUGCUGUUGAAAAUGGUCUGAAUAAUUUAUUUUUUACGAUAAAUUUAAGUGUACUUUGAAAUUGAUUAGUUAAUUUAACAGACAAUCCAACGGUCUAAUUAUUCACGCUGUUCUUUUUGAUAAAGUUUGCCUUACUAGCUAAUAAGUCUGAUAUCAAUAUAUAUAUAUAUAUAUAUAUAUAUACCCAAUUGUCUGUUAAACACGAAUACAUACCUGAAUUUCAAUUUUUAAUUUUUCACGAAUUGUUCGGAUUUUCUGCAAUUUAUUUCAUUCAAGCCAUUCAAGGUUUGAAAAAAAUUCAAUAAAGGAAGGACUUUGAACCAUGUUGUGACGAUUUCACGGACUUAGGUAGUUUUCCAUUGGAUAACAUCAUCAUUUUUUAAAUUGUUUAAAACCGAACGGUUGAUCAUUAAAAAAUGUAAUAAAAACCUAUGGACUUUUUUCGCUAUAAGAAAAACGACGUAACGAAGUGGCGUUUUUUUUAAAAUAAAGAUCCAAUAUUUUUAGGGAAACACACAAAUUUUGCACACAAUUUCACUGACAAACAAAAAGGUUUUCAUAUGCAAGAAAUAAAUUGCCGACAUAGCCCAUACGAUCCAAUUUUUAAAAAAAGCAAUCGUUAUGUUAUGAUACUGAAUAGAAAUGAAUAAAGAAACAGGUAAUGCGAUAAUGAACAAGACAAGUGUUAACUUUAAGCUAAUUUAUUGAUUUAUCAAGAAUAAAAUUAAGAGCAUGAAAUUUAUUGAAUUUUUAUCAAUUCCAUAUGGAUACUUUGUGUGCAGAAAAGCGUGUAUGUUCAAUCA